AUGGCCGCCGCGAUCAAAGCCCUCAAUGCGAAGAUUCGCUCCAACCCGUACACGGAUUACUUUUGCUCGACUCAUUUCUGGGGCCCGGCGAGUAACUUUGGUAUUCCGAUUGCGGCUAUUGCGGACAUGAGCAAAGAUCCUGAGAUCAUCUCCGGCCGUAUGACCGGCGCCCUUACCCUGUACUCCGGCACAUUCAUGCGCUACGCCAUGGCCGUAACACCAGCAAACUACCUGCUCUUCGGCUGCCACGCCAUCAACUUCAGCUCGCAACUCGUUCAAGGGUACCGAUACCUCAACUACUGGAACUUCGGCGGCCGGGAAGCUAGCCUGGCGGGCAAGGCGGAUAAGGCCAAGGACGAGGCAAUGGGCAUGGUGGGAAAGGCAGAGCAGAAGCUCGAGAAGGUCGCCGAGGAUGUGAAGGGCGUCAUUCCGAAAUAA